AAAACUCCCCUCAGAUUUCUCUCUCUCUCUCUCGUCUCUGUUCUUUGAGAAAUCCUCUAUAUCUUCUCUGUGACAUUAAAAUCGAACUUCUCUCACCCGAAAAAUCCUCACAUAUAACGCUCUGGGGGUUUAUCAAUUGCUGAAACCCUAAAUUUUCUCAAAUCUCUAUUGCUGACUUAGAAACAAAACAAAAAUCGGAAUGGAUGGUAAUAAUAGAAGCAGCAAGGAGUCCACCAGCGACGGUGGAGGAGGAGGAGGAUCCGUAACAAAGGAAUCAACGGAGAAGAAUCAGAAUCAGCCUCCUCUUCCUCCUCAACCACAGCCUGUGGCGGUUCUAAGUGAAAACACGCUUCCUCCGUUCCUGAGCAAGACCUACGACAUGGUUAAUGAUUCAUCUACCGAUUCUAUUAUAUCGUGGAGUGAUAACAACAACAGUUUUAUCGUAUGGGAUCCUCCACAGUUCGCACGAGAUCUUCUUCCCAAAAACUUUAAGCACAAUAACUUCUCCUCCUUCGUUAGGCAGCUCAAUACCUACGGUUUCAGGAAGGUUGACCCAGAUAGAUGGGAAUUUGCAAAUGAAGGUUUCUUAAGAGGUCAGAAGCACUUGCUAAAAACAAUAAGUAGACGAAAACCUGCACAUGGACAUGGACAUCAGCAAUCUCAGCACUCAAAUGCGCAGAACUCAUCUGUUAGUGCAUGUGUUGAAGUUGGCAAAUUUGGUCUCGAAGAAGAAGUUGAGAGGCUUAAAAGAGAUAAGAACGUCCUCAUGCAAGAACUCGUCAGAUUAAGACAGCAGCAACAAUCCACUGAUAACCAACUUCACACGAUGGUCCAGCGUCUCCAAGGCAUGGAGAAUCGGCAACAACAAUUAAUGUCAUUCCUUGCAAAGGCAGUGCAAAGCCCUCAUUUUCUAUCGCAGUUCUUGCAGCAGCAGAAUCAGCAAAACGAGAGUAGUAGGCGAAUCAGCGAUACCAAUAAGAAGCGGAGAUUCAAACGAGAUGGCAUUGUCAGUAAUAAAAAGGACUCUGCUUCUCCUGAUGGACAGAUAGUGAAAUAUCAACCUCCAAUGCAUGAGCAAGCAAAGGCAAUGUUCAGACAGCUUAUGAAGAUGGAACCUUACAAAACCGGCGAUGAUGAUGGUUUCCUUCUUGAUAACUGUACUUCCAAUACAGAAGGAACAGAGAUGGAGAUUUCAUCAAACAACCAUGUAGUUUCGGGUAUAACUCUUCAGGAGAUGCCAACAGCUUCAUCGUCACCGAGUGGAGCAACUCCUGAAAAUGUUACAGUAGCUGAGUUUCCAACACCAGAAGAAGCAAUUCCUUCACCUGAUGAUCCAACUCUUCCCGAGUUUGCUGAUAUGUUACCAGAGAAUAUCGCAGAGAUGCCUCCAGAGAAUUUCAUGGAACCAAACAUGGAAGAUCUUGGUCCUUUCCUAGACUCAGAUCUGUUCAUUAAUGGUUCACCCUUUGACCUUGACGACAUUCCAAUGGAUCCCGAUUUAGAAACUUCGGUUGAUGCUUACUCUGCACUGUUUGAAGAUUUACUGACAAGCCCGGUACCAGAUGAUAUGGAAUUAACUACAGUGGAUCUUAAAGCCAAGGAGAAUGAGACAGAGCAGAAGCAAAAUGGAUGGGACAAAACUAAACAUGUGGAUAAGCUUACACAACAAAUGGGUCUCCUCUCGCCUGAAACCGUAGAUCCCUCAAGGCAAAAUCCCUGAUAUGGGAAGUUUUGAAGUCUUUUGAAGUAACAGCCUACUCUGUUCCAUGAGAGCUGCAUAUUCAUUUCAAGCACUGAUCAUUAUUUCUCAUUUUCUUAUAUCAAAACUUGUGUUUAAAUGCCUGCUUCUUGCAACUGUUAAUUUACACACUUUAUCACGGUGAGAACCUGUGUCGAAGUUUCAAUCUAUUGUUGAAUUUUUCGCCUUUUUUGAAAGAAGAAGAUCAAUGUAAACUUAU